CGAAUGAAAUUUAAUGAAUAAAAAUAGACACUAAACAUUUUCUUUUUGUUUAAGUAAAACUAUAUUACUUUCAAUUGGAUGCAGCUGUGUUAUAAAAAAACGUAUGCUCUUUUUAUUAGAAAAUAUAGACCGGAAACAUGUUUAGAUAAUUACUUAAAAAAUAAGGCAUACUGUUGAGAUAUAUUAUCUCGGUCCAUUACUGUUCAGGAGCCCAAGACUGUACGUAGUACGGAGCCCGAUCAGCGAGGCCUAUUUCCUGCCUAUCAGGACUAUUUCGGCCUUUGGGCCCAUUUUGGGCUUACUUGGCCCAUUAGGGUAGACUUAUUCCCUACUCCCUUUCCCCUGUAAAUAUGGGGCUUCCCACUUGUUUAGGGAUCUUUUUCCUUCUUCUUCUUUCUCCUUAGAUUAGCUUUAUCCUUCAUUAAUGGAGGUUCAACAUUUGUACCUUGUAAUGGUGAGGUGAGUCCUACUGAGAAUGAGAGGGCUUGGACAUUAGCCUAAAAAGUCUCGUGGUUUUCUCCCUUUCGGGUUUCCACGUAAAAACUGAGUGUUCAUACACAUUUAUACAUAUAUUUACUAUAUCGUGUUGGAUUAAACUCAACCUGGUGCCGUCUGUGGGAAUCAAUUCAAAAAGAUUACAUGUGUUCUUCAUUUUUUGGCAAAGAUUCAUACGAAAAGGAAUUGAUAUUCAACAAAAAACAUUUGGAAUUUGGGUCUGGAAGAGCUCUGACCAAGAGAUUACAUGUGGUUCUGGUCCUCUGGAGCUGCAAACCCUUUUCCCAGAAUACUCUUGUUUGGAAGUUAGAGAGAAGGCUAAUAAGUGAUGUCAAAUCACAACCAAUUAAUCCACUGCCUGCUGCUACACCAAUUCAAGGUGUAGAUUGCCACGUUUCAUACCAACAAAAGAUCUAUCCAGAAUUACGACGUGCGUAUAAUUGUAUAAAGUUAGGGAAGGAGAAUAACGCCGAACGAUAUUUCCCCUUUGAAAUCCACACCUUAGACCAUUUGGAGUGGUGUAAGAGUCCAAAUGUCAAAAAUGGACUCCGUCGAUACGAAAACAGUGUUUUGACUCCUAUUCUCUGCAUUCCAGCACCGUCAAUAGAAUACACUCUGCACAUUUUUUUACAUAUCAAUUUAGUAAAACAUUAAUUAAAUUAUUAUAAGUAAUGUUUUCUUUUUAAUUUUUUCUCCGAUUAAUUAUAAAAUAAAAAAGACACAUUUCGAUGUAAAAAAAAAUAAAUUUCAUUAAUUUUUUUUUUCAUUCAAACAGUGCCAAGAUCAUCACAACCGUUGGAUCUUUCAAAAGUUUUUUUUUUAAAAAAACCAGUCGUUGCUAGUGAAUGCUGACAUCAUGCUGACGUCACCGUGACGUCAGCGAGGGAAAAUAAUUCGGCUCUAGGCCUCUGCUCCCCGCCUGCGCAUAGCAGGUAUGCCCCCCGCUCCCUUUUUCUUUUCUUUUCCUUUUUUUGGCUGUCCAAAACUCCUCCAUAUUUAACCCCUUCCCUCCCCAAACCCAUUUUUAAUACCCUCUAUACUCAACCAAUGUAUGAAAUUAGGAGUCCAAAAAUGCCAUUUUAACAUUUUGGACUCCUAAUACCUCACCACUCCAUUUGGUCUUACUGACAUCGUCAAGGGAAAUGACCCUCAAGAAUAUCCUCGAACGAACCUCGAGCGGCAGGCACAUCUCCUGAACGGUUUCUUGGCAGGGCAGCAUCCGGACGAGACCCAGGACUAGCAGCAGAACGUCCGUUGUUUCCCACUUCCGAGUGGCGGAACUCUUCAUUAACCGGGGUUCUCAUAGUUGUUGGUGAUUUUAGUGUCACCGGCCGUUUUGUGUAAUUGGAAAUGACAUGAGUGCCAAUGAGAAUUAGAACUAUGAUCUAAUAUAAGUUAGUAGGUGUGGAGUGCACACUUGUAUAUAAGAACUAGUUUAGUUCCAAAGUGUCUACGUUAGUGGAACUCGAGGUAGAACUCGAGGUAUAACUUUCAGUAGACCAGCUUUGUGGUUCUAGACCGAGUUCUAGAACGGUUAGACAGUUUCCAGCAGUUUCCCAAAAACUGCUGCGGUUAUUCUUAAUCGUGUUACAACUGCCUAGGACGAUGAAUAUGGAUAUAUACCACCAUAUUUCGUACAGAGGAGGAAGAGGAAUAAUAUCCAACAUAUCUUCAUCACUUUGGCACUCAAAUUAAAUAUAACAAUCCAUAUACUCACUAGUUUGGCUCUAGUUCUUGUGCCUAAGUUCUAGAGUGUCCUUAAGGAUUAUACUAGAUUGAAUUUCUUGUAACCCAGACAUAGGGGAGAAAUAUCAAUUCGGAAAGUGAACUUACACGAUCCUUAAGAUAUCCAAGUACUCGAAUUAUCACCCGUACGUGAUUUACCCCAACAAUAGUUAGCCCAUGCAAGCCGCCCGGCAUCUGGUCCAAUUGCCGCCCAGCGGAUUAGGAAAAAUAGCCCAUGAUUUACCGAACAGGGCAUAUAAAUACCUGCAAGAAUGUGCAUACCAAAACGAAGAUCGCCGGCCGGACUGAAGGUCCAUUCCAUUAAUUACAGCCUCUCUUGUUGGUGAUGAAGAUCGCCACUCUGCUCAUACGCACGUCAGGGUUGGCUGGACGCAGACUCUCACCGCCGCUCGGCCUCAGGGGCAGUUUCAGAUGCGCAAUUUCAAGGAGGCUGGUACCGUCUCGACUCCUCCUGGAAGCACAGCUCUAACUGGAUUGCCGUCCGGGUUUGUGAGAAGAUGAACGGAAUAUGUCUCAGCGCAAACGGCAGGCCACCGGUCGAUCUGGCUCGGCUCGCAGAGAUGCCAUCAUUAUGCAGUACAGUCUCCCGCAGAGGUACUGCACAUCUUGCCGCAGAUUACCAACGGCGGACCCUUCAUUGGGUAACUCGGAUCAAAUUUGACUCACCGCUCGGCCUACGGUUGAUAGCCGCACGGCUUUUGAUUUUAGCACAGGCAUCUCGAUUGCAUGAAGCACUGUCCUCUUGCUGCUGCGAGGAAAGGAAAGGCGCGGCUGACUGACUUACUCGCCGCUCGUCCGAAGCCAAAUCCCCACCGAACGUCCGCGGCCAAAUAAUGGAAGCCCAAUCAUUUUGGAAAGUUUGGACCAAGUCAAAUUGAGGAAUUCCAGCAAGACUAGGCCGAAAUCCUUGCCUAAGAUGUGGGGCCCAACUGAUUGCUUAAGUUGACUAAGUCAAAUUUGCAAAAGGGGAGCAAAGUACAAAUUCAGGAGCCUCCUGGCCGAGCGUCUCCUUAAGCUAAGUAAUCAAUAUCUCAAAUUGCUAAUUAUAUUUUAACUAGUAAUUCUUAUUACUAGUAUUUACAUCACUAUUAUUUAUUAGGGAUAAAAAUGUCCCGAAAUAAAUAAUGCCGAGCGAAGCUUGGGGAUGAGCUUCCACCGACAUGUUGAUUUAAUAAUUAGGGGACGAGCCGAGCCAAGGGUCAUCACACCCCAAGGCCGACGGUCACAUCCGGAAGAGCCCCAGAUAUAAAAAAAAUUGUGCACAUAUACAUAUUGCCUGGCCAUUUGGCCGCGUUACCAUGUUCAUUGUGCAGAUAAAAGAUUAUAAUCGGGACGACCGAUAAGAGAUGAUGCUCAAAAUGAAUCUUGGCGCCAAGAUCUUGGAAACGAGCAUCUUCCACCCCAAGAGCCAAGGGCCGUGGACGAUCAUCUCCUCCCCAGAGGCCGAGCGUCUAAAGAAGACCAUCAAAGGCCAAGGGCUCAGAGACGAGCAUCUUCCACCCCAAGAGCCAAGGGUCGUGGACGAUCAUCUCCUCCCCAGAGGCCGAGCGUCUAAAGAAGACCAUCAAAGGCCAAGGGCUUGGAGACGAGCAUCUUCCACCCCAAGAACCUAGGGCCGUGGACGAGCAUCUUUCACCCCGGAUGCCGAGGGCCCGAAGACGAUCAUCUAUCGUCCAGUGACCUAGGCCGGGGGACGAGCAUCCUCCACCCCAGAAGCCGAGGAUCUAAAGAAAACCAUCAAAGGCCAAGGGCUUGGAGACGAACAUCUUCCACCCCAAGAGCCAAGGGUCGUGGACGAUCAUCUUCCACCCCAAGACCAAGGGCCGUGGAUGAUCAUCUCCUUCCCGGAGGCCAAAGCUCGGGGACGAUCAUCCAUCACCCGGAGGCCAGAGCUCGGGGACGAUCAUCCAUCACCCGGAGGCCAAAGCCCGGGGACAAACAUCCAUCACCCGGAGACCAAGGGCUUGGAGACGAGCAUCUUCCACCCCAAGAGCCAAAGGUCGUGGCCCGUGGACAAUCAUCCAUCACCCGGAGGUCAGAGCUCGGGGACGAUCAUCCAUCACCUGGAGGCCAAAGCCCGGGGACGAUCAUCCAUCACCCGGAGGCCAGAGCUCGGGGACGAUCAUCCAUCACCCGGAGGCCAAAGCCCGGGGACGAACAUCUUUCACGUCGGAGGCCAAGGGUCGGGAGACGAGCUUCUCCACCCUAGAGGCCGAGGGCUUUGAGACGCGCAACACAUCCUGAGACCGAGCAUGCCCAGGCUGAGCAUGUUGAGGUAGAAAUGUCCCAAGGAGACCCAACCUAACAUCUUGAGGUCGAACGUCUCUAGGAAUAGGCCGAGGAUUGUCGCUGUAUGACGACUCCGAGGACUGCUACCGGGUCGUGCAUCAAAAGCAAAGACACAUCUAGGCCGAGUUUUUAGGGACAAACGUCCAAAGGAAGUUGGGUCGGGUUUCUAGGGACUAAUCUUCCUAAGCAUGUCGGGCCGAGAAUCCAGAAGGAAAAUUCCAGAGCCCCAGCAACUAGAGAUAGACCGGGCCGACUGUCAAGGGGUCGGACGUCCAAGGAAGCCCAGCCUAGCAUCUGGAGGUCGAACGUCUCUAGGAAUAGGCCGAGGAUUGUCACUGUAUGACGACUCCGAGAGCUGCAACCGGGGUCAUACAUCAAAAGCAAAGACAUAUCUAGGCCGAGUUCCUAAGGGUCGAACGUCCAAAGGAGGUUGGGUCGGGCAUCCGUGGGCCCAACGCCCCAAUCCCUCACACCAAGGCCAAGGCAUUGUUAAGCCUUUGCUCCAAAAGCCAAGGCCAUGCAUAAAGCAGAGGAAGAGCGUAGACAAGAGUAUACUUUCUCGAGCAGAUUCACACGCUCACUACUCAAGAAACUAGGGGACUUGUGUUGAGAUAUAUUAUCUCGGUCCAUUACUGUUCAGGAGCCCAAGACUGUACGUAGUACGGAGGCCGAUCAGCGAGGCCUAUUUCCAGCCUAUCAGGCCUAUUUCGGCCUUUGAGCCCAUUUUGGGCUUACUUGGCCCAUUAGGGUAGACUUAUUCCCUACUUCCUUUCCCCUAUAAAUAUGGGGCUUUCCCACAUGUUUAGGGAUCCUUUUCCUUCUUCUUCUUUCUCCUUAGAUUAGCUUUAUCCUCCAUUAAUGGAGCUUCAACAUUUGUACCUUGUAAUGGUGAGGAGAGUCAUAAUGAGAAUGAGAGGGCUUGGACAUUUGCCUAAAAAGUCCCAUGGUUUUCUCCCUUUCGGGUUUCCA